GCAAUCGCUUUUAUGCUGGUAGUUACCAUAUUGGUUGUUACAAUAUGCAGGACUCACAUGAAGCGAACGGUUGUUAGUGCUCGGUAUCCAGUUACUGAUAGACGUAGUCGGCCUAACAAUGUGAAUAACCAACUGCGUUAUCCAUAUCAUCUACGGAAUCCUCUCAGUCUCCACCACCGUCUAGAAACCGAGAUUUAUGACUUGGACUUGUACCUCAACCGUUCAUCAGGCUUGAACUGCCUUGUAACUUACAACAUAAAUAAUGGAGUACAAUUUGUGGGACAUCCUGUGGAGCCUCCACCCUACUCUGAGGUAAUUUCGUUGCCUCCUCGCGAAGGUCCACCACCUCCCUAUGUCUCGAGGGAAAAUGUUUGUAGACAAGGACAAACAGAGAGUGACGCACUAUUGGAGAAUGCUAGUGCUGCACCAUCCAACCAGGAGAGGAAUGUUGAAAGUAGUGAUGAAACGUACUUCUGGCCCAGAAUCGCAGUCAGGAGAUGCUCAUCCAGUGAUGAUACACUAUCUGAAGAAAAUCGAACCGUAAGGCCUAGCGAUAGUAGUGAUUCUUCUGAUAAUCCAAUGCCGAAUUCUGGUUAAAAAUGUUAGAUAAAAUCUAAAUUUGUAAGCCAUUCCACCACCACAAAUUUCUAUGACCACAACAUACCGUAAGGGAAUUUAUUUUUCACAUAACAUGACCACAUUAUUGUUGUAUUGAAUGUAUUACCUGUUGUUAACCUGUACUGAAACAUGUAAAUCCAAAUUUUUAUUGAAACAUAAUGGUACGUACAUAUGGGGGGAUACACAUGUCACAGAGACAAGUAGUGCUUUUAAACUAAAUAGUAAAUAAUAGAGCUUAAAUACUGUAGUAGUCUCAUACAGACAAAGUUCCGUACAAACAAGUAGUUUUAAAAGAGACGGUCUCACACAAGUUCUCACUCGAACAAGUAGACAAGUAGAGUCUCAUUCGAACUAGUAGAGUCCAACUCGAAAAGUAGAGUCCAACUAGAAAAACUACAGUCCGACUGGAAAAGUACAGGUCAACUAGAAAAAGUACAGUCCGACUGGAAAAGUACAGUACAACUCGAAAAAUUAGAGUCCAACUCGAAGAAGUAGAAAAGUAGAAUCUCAUUCGAAUAAGUAGAGUGUUUGUAGGAACUAGUUGGCGUGGCGUGUUGCCUACAUCUCAAGAUGAA